UUUGCUGGCUUCGAAUGGGCUAAUCCUCUCACAACUUUAACCAUCAGUCACUGUCACUCAACUCUGUACAACGGGUAUCAUCUGUCAACCGCUUUCUCGUUAAAUGCUGAAGUCAAUGUGUCGUCUCUACUUUCCCAUCAUUUUCAGUUAUCCUAUCGGUAUUCGGCCUGGCCUGGCCUGGUCGGGCCUCCCUCCCCAGUCCCACCAUCAUCCUCUUACUUUUCCCGCGCUUACUCCGAUCUCAUCGCCUUCGUCAAAGACGGUCAACUCGAUUUCUGUUUUUACAGCAUUGCCACUGACCCUUUCCUCAUCGGCUCCCUCGAAAUCGUCAAGAUCAAUCCUUUGUCUUACAACUCCGCCGGAACCGGCGAUAGCUACAUUCUAGUCAACUACGGGAGACUCUAUCCCGUUUCACCACAAUUGGUACCCGGUUUCACUUCCGACCCGGACCCAUUCGGCCGCUCUUGGCAAUCCGAUUCUGAUUUCCGAACUGUAGAUUCUAAGUCCGCUAGAGUUAUAACCAGUAAAGAAAAAAUAACGAUUAACAAACAAACACCGAAUUACUUUCCGAUGAAAUUGUACCAAUUGGCGGUGACAACUGACAGUGGUUUGGAAUAUGAAUUGGCAGUUGAUGCGAAGCUUGAUUAUUUGGUGUGCUUUCACUUUGCGGAGAUUGAUUCGACUGUUAAAAAGGCAGGGGAGAGGGUGUUCGAUGAGCUGGUCAGCGAGAAGAAUGUGAGUAAAGUGGAUACAUACAAGGAAGUGGUUGCUGAGAAGAAUUUGAGCAGUUCUGUAUUGAAUGUAAAAUUGUUGCCUGUGGUAGGGGCUCCAUUGAUUGGGCUGGAAAAUUACGCUAUGGUUUCAGCUGAUUUGUCCACCGUUCCUGAGCAAGGAGACUUAAUAAUAACUUAUUGGAAGAGCAAGUACCAGAAAAACUUUAUUCUGUUGGUGUGCAUGGUGGAACCAUUGAUGCUUGCUGCGAAGAGGAACAUGUAUCAAAGACAGAAGUCCUUGAUGCUUCUUGAAAUGGAGAGGCAGCAUGCGAAGGGAUUGCCAUCACUUCCUCUUAAUCCUCAUUAGUAGCCUUGUUGAAAGGGAGAGUAGUGAUUGUGAUAGUUGUCCACUCGCCAAGAGGGCAUAGAGGGGGCCAUGAAUGCAAUUAUAGAGAAUACCAUAAAAGAUGUGAAUUGCUGUACCACUUCAUAAGGAGUUCGUGAAUUUGGCUUCCUUCAACAAUUCGAACCAAAUGGGGUCUUAGAAAGUUGCAUUCUCCGGUAAAAUGCAUUGUAUCUCACUUUUUUUUUCUCACUGAUAAACAAAGAGAUGAGACCACUGAUGUAUCAUGACCCAUUUUGUGACAUUUGGUGAGCAUUAGAUAAUAAAUCCACACUUCAAUUUUAUAAAUGACAGCACUAAUGUAAACCAAGAGGUCCCAGGUUUGUGUCCGCUGCCUGAUCAACUUUUAGCUGAUUCUUAUCACAAUACUAUACAGCACACUCUUUCUUCUUUUGAUUUUAAUUGUUUCAUAAACUAAAUGUUUCUGCAUUCAGUGUAAAAUAUGAACGAACUUGGGCAAGUUGUUUUACUUGUGCUCUGCAAGUCUGCUUUAAUUUUCUAUUUUCAUAUUGUAAGCUUUGCCUGUUCUUUGUUAUUAAAUGAGGUGAUUUUUUUUUUCCUCGGUAACUUUCCAAAGCUUGCUCUUCUUGCU